ACAAACAAAGAGAUGGCCGUCGCUAUGACUGACGAGACGCUGCAGGCGCUCGUGCUCAACGCUGCUUCUGUGCACGCUGACCGGACAGCUGUGGUGUACGACAGUCGGUCGAUGUCAGACAGCCCGGUGUCUCUUCUCUACAAAGAUCUCCUACAGCUGGCGGUUGGACUGUCUCUUGUGUUACAAGAGUACUGCACUGACAACAACGGCGUAAUCGGGUUGUACUGCUGUGAUGAUCUGUUCGUACCUGUUUGGAUCCUUGGGAUCCUUCAAUCGCCUGCUGCCUAUGUUCCAUUGGACCCUGAAGCUCCUGGACUUCUCUGUGCCAGAGUCAUUCACCAAUGUGGCUUAAAAUACUGUGUCGUGAAGACGGAACUUUUACAGUCCUUCCAGGCUGCAGUGGAAGAGCACAUAUCUGUGGACAUUUGCGUGGAAGUGGCCAAAUUUAAAAUGACACUGAUCCUAGUCAAGCUGAUAAAAGCCACUGAGAACAAAUCCAAACCACAACAAACGGUGGAUGGUGCUGUGACAGGAAGACAACCCGGGGACAGAGGACUUGCAUAUGUGUUGCACACAUCUGGAACAACUGGACCUUCAAAGAUUGUCAGGGUUCUGCACAAGUGUAUACUCCCGAAUAUACUUCAUCUGAGAUCUUUGUUUCAAAUGAGUGCAGAUGAUGUGGUUUUCCUGGCUUCACCUUUAACAUUUGACCCCUCCGUGGUGGACAUUUUUCUGGCCUUAUCAUCUGGGGCACAGCUUCUUAUCAUACCCUCUAUGGUCAAGAAAAUGCCCCAUCGUUUGGCAACGGCGCUAUUUAAGGACAACAAGACCACUGUUCUACAGGUCACACCAACUCUGCUCUGCUCCUUCAGUAAUCAUAUUAUUAAACAGGAUGUACUGUCAUCAGGAUCUUCACUGCGGGUGUUGGUUCUGGGUGGAGAGGCCUUUCCUUCCCCAGCUCUGCUAAGAAGCUGCAGGGAUGAGGACAACAAAACUCAUGUUUUCAACAUCUACGGUAUAACUGAAGUGUCCUGUUGGGCCAGCUGUUAUGAAAUACCACAGACUUUGCUUCAGUCCAGCAAUCUCUCAGCUUUCAGAGUGCCACUGGGAACUCCUCUGAGGGACACAGUGCUGGAAGUCAGGGACGAACAUGGUGGCAUUAUAACUGAGGGUGAAGGACAAGUGUUCAUAGGUGGAGAAGACAGAGUGUGUCUCCUGGGUGAUGAAGACACUGUAAUCAAUGGGAUGAUGAGAGCCACUGGAGACUGGGUGAAGGUCCAAGAUUCACAGCUUUACUACCUGGGACGAAGAGACAGACUCAUAAAACGCAAUGGGAAAAGGGUGAAUUUGGACAAUGUGCAACAACUGAUAUCAAGUCUGCCUGAGGUGGAGGCCUGUGCUGUGGGUUUACACAACAGCUCGAGGCUGCUGGCCUUCAUCGUGGCAUCAAAACCUCAUCAGGAAGACCCACAUUUUUCUCUAGGGCGGCACCAGGAGAACACUAGCAGCGUAGAGGCCGAUCUGAGCAGACAGAUCAUGAAGCAGGUGUCUCUUCUGCUGCCAUCCUACAGUGUCCCUGAUGCCGUGGUGCUUCUACCUGCGUUAUGCCUCACUGCCCAUGGUAAAGUUGACAUGGAAGCACUCCUCAGAAUAUACCAAAGACGAAGACGGUGUUUGGAGUCUUCACAUGGAGACAUCAGCAAUUUAAAGCACACAUUGCAGUGUUUGUGGAAGAACAUUUUAGGUCUGGAUGAGGAUGCAGCUUUGGCUGAGGAGUCCAACUUCUUGUUGAGUGGAGGGGAUUCUCUGAAGGCACUGCACCUCUGUGAAGACAUAAGCACCACCGUGGGAGUGGCCACACCGAAACUUCUGGAGGUCAUUCUCGAUGGAACCUUUGUUGACAUCCUGCACUACAUUGACAGUACAAUGCUGAUGCCACUGUUGGAGAACGACUCAAACUCACUUCGUGAGGCCCAGAAACGUCGAAGUGGUUCUCCAUCUGAUGUUCCAGCAAAGAAGGAACGCGGACAGUCUCCAUGUGAAGAUCUGCUGCAACAGGAAACACAGGCGUUUAAGGUCAUCAGACGAGGAGCAGAGGUGAUAGAAAUGGACCCCAAGAAGGAAAGGUCAAACUUACAGGCUGCUGCAGAUGUAGACAAAUAUUCCUGUAGGAAAGAGGAGAAUGUUCUGGAACUAUGUCUGAGUUGGUCCUCAGACACAGGGAGAUGUGUGGACGCCUCCCCUAUUAUUCUGGUGCGUGAAAGAACCGAGCAGUCUUCAGUAGUUGCUGAAAGGACCGUGUUCAUCGGGUCUCACUCCCAUAGGUUCCAGGCAUUAGAUCUGGACACUGGGAGACUUCUGUGGGAACGAGUCCUUGGAGACAGAGUCGAAUCAUCGGCUGCUGUGUCUCACUGUGGGACUCUCGUGGUUGUAGGCUGCUAUGAUGGCUGUGUGUACUUCUUGAGUACUAACUCUGGAAAGACGCAGUGGACAUUCGAGACAGGAGACGCUGUGAAGAGCUGUCCUGCUGUCGAUCCUCACACAGGUCUGGUCAUAGUGGGAUCGCACGACGGACACGUUUAUGCCCUGAACCCAAAGCUGCAGCAGUGUGUUUGGAAGCAUCACUGUGGAGGCAGAGCAGUCUUUUCUUCACCACACCUCCAGCCAGAUCUCCGUCAGCUGUUUGUGGCAUCACUGGGGGGUGAGCUCCUCUGUCUACACCCUGACAGUGGAGACAUUCUCUGGUCUAACAACAGAAACGUACCGUUCUUCUCUUCCCCAAACUGUGGCUCUGGCCUGGUUGUGCUUGGCUCUGUGGACGGAAACAUCUGCUGCUACAGUAGUACUGGGAAACUGGUGUGGCAGUUCUUAACAAAGGGACCUGUUUUCUCAUCUCCCUGUUUCACACCGGACCAGCAGAGGCUUCUGUGUGGGUCACACGACGGUCACUUGUACUGUUUAAGCUGCACUGAUGGGUCUUUGGUUUGGAAGUUUCCCACUGCAGGGAAGGUGUACUCCACUCCGUUUGUCUUUGACGGCUCCUCCGUGGGCAGAAGAGGGGUCCUGGUGGCCCUGGCCUCUACAGAUGGUACCGUCUGGAUCCUGGACGGUGAAGAUGGACGAAUGCUGACAUGUCACACACUCCCCGGAGAACUGUUCUCUUCUGCAGUGGUGUAUGAACAGUCUGUGGUCGUAGGGUGCCGUAAUGACGAUGUGUAUUGUUUGAGGCUGACUGUCAAAGAAAAAAGCUGAGAGAGAUUAAAUGUACACUUUUAUAUUAAACGUUUAAAUAAUACAUGUCUUCUUCUGGGUGCUUCUUUUCAGAACAAGGACACACUUAAUUCUCAGCCUGAACCUCACGCUCUCAAGCCCACAGUUGUUCUGCCAUCUUUCUCUCAUCUUACCCUCUGUCCAAUGUAUUCAGCAACUUUUAAAAUGCACUUUCAUAAUGUACAAAUGUACCGACUUUGGUUGAAAAGGAAGCAACAGAAAAAACAGACGUGUCCCUUCUCAUCCAACAGACUUCUUCAGUUCAGUUGAUUGCCAGAAAACCCUGGUGUUGAGUCCUGAUGAAAACAACACAGAUGCUGUCGUCAACAACUGAAUACAGUACUACAUACUACCAUCAGAGUAAUAAUGAGGCCGUGAGAUCUUGGUUCAGACAUCAGUUUUUAAUUUACAUUAUACAUAACAUUUUGUAUUUCUUAAAGAAUUUUCUCAUGAAUACCUCUAAGUGGGACAAAAAGUGCAAAUAAUACCAAACUUUUUUUUUUGUUACAUUUAACACUGCGUACACUACACUAUUGUGCACGGCCAAAGUUAGAAACAAAAUGACAAAGUGACUCAGCAGUAGCGGCUUCUCACUGACUGAAGCUCAAGGUAAACGCCUUCAAAUCCAACAUACAGUACAUACUUACAUACAUAUACAGGUCAAUAUGUGAAUGGCAGGAAAUAAAAAAUAUGCUGCAGUUUUUUUUUCUUCCACGGAUGACUGUUCACAUCGUGUAAAGAUCAUAUCACAGUUACGAUGAAGUGAUGGCAGGAGCCUACAAACUUGAGUGUCACAGGAUGGCUACACAAACUGUAUGUUACAUCGAGCAGGAGUGGUGUCAUCUGUCCAUAAGCGAAGCAAACAAAUCCAGGGUAAUACAUCAUGACACAGCCUCGAGGAAAGUGUGUCGCUCACUGUAAAUGCCCAGUAACACUUGUGGUGUCAGUGCUGUGGUUACGUUCACCCACUGUGUCAUGUUGAUUCUUUUCACUCUAACGGCAAAAUCCAACAACGUUUUCUUUGACGGCUGUCACAGUAAUCACGGACACAGUGAGAAUUGUUACUCUACAGUUCCAGUAUAAUUAAAAAAGACGUGGUUAUUUUGUACAUGAAAGUCAGGCUCUGAGACGAGACACCAGCUGCUUUACGUUAAAGGAGAUCUGGCUAUUUUUAAGCACGAAACGCUGUUGUUGGAGGUGAGUGAUUAACGUCGAUAAAGAAGGAGUAGCUGUCUGACUUCAGGCCUAUACUGAAAAUGUUGUCACAAGUGCUGUGCAACAUGAACCUGUUUGUGAAAGAUCAGUUUGUACAGGCACCCACACACCUGGUUAUUGUCAGCUGCAAUUGUUAACAACAGCACCACACCUGACGUGACAGCCGUCGGAGGAUCACGAGUAGUAGGGCGUGAGGCAGACACGGCAGCUGAAGGUGAUAGAGUCUAUCGCUGUGGUAGGAGGAAGCUACUGCAGAUGCUGUGGAGUUGCUCCGGCUCUGCUGAUGUUAGCCGAUAUUAGAAUAAUUAUUUAAUAUCUGUAAGAAUUGAUGAAUUAUAGUUUUUUUGUCUAAUAAUGAAAACCUGUCUGCCAUAAAAAUAGUUUUGGGGAUAAAUGGCUGUAUAUUAAAAUGAAGGUCACUAGCUGGCAGCAUUGCAGCGCAUUUAAUGAAUUUAUUUUUAAUAAUCAGGGGAUUGUAUGCGGAAUGUUGCAGCAACUCAUACAGUGGUGUUUACAGAUAAACAAAUAAAUACGACCAGGCCUAUAUCGUUAUCGGUUGAUAUCGAGAUAAAAAAAGUAAGUGUUUGGACAACAUCAGCAUAUUGGAUAUCGGCAAAAAGCUAAUAUCGUACAUCCCUAAUACAGAGUAGUGUGAGUGCCACUACAAACACUAGUUUCAUACAGCUCUUAAAAAUACAUGGUAAUGGUGUGUUUUAAAUCUGCCAAUAGAAAUUCACUUUGUUACAUUGGAAUGUUUGUAAAUACAACAACGGAAACAACUUCAUCUGUGCCAGUGGUUCCGAAACUAGGGGGCGUAGACCAUCAAUUAAUACAAGUUCAUUUAAAUAUUUGACAUUUUGUGCC